AUGUUACAUCCAAUGCAGCUCUACUGUUGCUUAAUUGUUGGUGUUUUAAUUAUUAAAUCUGAUAAUACUCCGACACUGCCACCGAAUACAAUUCAAAUUCCUCUAAAGUCAACCGAUAGCGGUUUAGUGCAAUCUCAAAAUUAUUAUACGAAAAUGCAGCAGCCACGAAGUUACACAAUUCACGGUGCAUCAAGCACAUUUGUUAAAGUACCUGGUCUAACGAUACCAUUCUAUCAUACAGAACCACUGCUGUAUAAAAUUCGACUUGAGGGCAAAGCUUACUCAUCUCAUUCACGAGGAGUUUGGAUGUUUGCACGUUUGAUGAUCGAUGACUACCUACUCUAUGUUAACAAACUCGUACCCAAUACAGCUGAUCGAUAUAAAUACGACAAUCAAUGUGGAGACCUGGAUUGUUUUGAGUAUCGCGGUGGUUUUUACUGGUAUGCAACUUCGCCGACAUGGACAACAGUUGUAUUCAAUGAUAUCAUUUAUUUAACUCCUGGUUUACAUGUAUUUGAUGUUGGUGUUCGAGGCGGUCCUGAUUAUAAUCCUAGUAUCGGUAUGUAUCCUAUAUAUAUUCAUACUUGGGUUUUAACUAUGGAAGUUAUCCAAUUCGAUCGUCAAGCAAACAUCGGAAUGACACCUGUGAAUGUUAGCAUGAACAGCUCCGAUGGGUAA